UCUUAUCUCAAUUUGUCAAAGUAAUGAUACUGUCGUUAAUAGCAUUUUAGACUAUACCACAUAUUGUUAAGGUUUAAGUUAUUAUUUAUUUCUUAUUUGCAAGAAAUUUGAAUAAUAGAGACUUAACCUAAGAGUUUUAAGAUAUUAUUAAGCAAUAAGAAUGUUUAAAUAUCAUUAAAAUUGAUGAAGAUCAUUGUUUUCAUAGUGUGCCACAUUAGGAUAUUUUGUCAAUUAUUGUCAGUACUUAUAAUGUCUCUGUAAAAGUAAGAGUAAACAUAAAUAAAAUGUGGCAUAAAAUAAUAGAACAUCUAAACGAUCCGUUGCUUGUGGUUAAAGUUCAGAAUUUCUUCGGUGUUAUAUACAAAAGAAGUUGCCAAAAUGAGGCGACGAGUAUAAUACAUUCCGAUAGACACGACCGUGAAGAGGAGUGUGAUGUCAGACAGCACAAGAGAAUCCCCAGUGACAUAUCUGGCAGUUCCCAGUGUUCUUCCACAACCGACUCAUCUGAGGGCCCAGAGGAGUUGGAGUGUCACAUCAACAAUAAGUUCUGGUACUAUCUGUUCGUGAUCGGAACAUCUCUGGGAGAUGAAAUUUUCUAUGCAACUUUUAUACCAUUUUGGUUCUGGAAUGUCGAUGGUGCUGUGGGAAGGAGAGUGGUGCUCGUGUGGACCGUGGUAAUGUACAUAGGUCAGGGUAUCAAGGACGUGGUUCGCUGGCCGCGGCCCGGUCACCCCGUCAGGAAGCUGCAGCAGAAGUGGGCGAUCGAGUACGGCAUGCCAUCCACACACGCCAUGGUGGGCGUCUCCAUACCGUUCUCUGUUCUGUUGUUCACCAUGAACAGGUACCAGUACCCCGUGCACUGGGGACUGAUCCUGGCGGUCUGUUGGUGCACCCUCAUAUGUGUCAGCAGAGUAUAUCUUGGGAUGCAUAGCGUUCUGGAUAUAGCGGCAGGUCUGUUGCUGGCGAGUCUCCUGCUGCUGCCUCUCGUGCCGCUGGUAGACGCGCUGGACGCCUGGCUGCUGGAGUCCCCCUGGUCGCCGUUGUCGGUGCUCGCCGUCUCGGUGCUGGCUGUGGUCUUCCAUCCACAGUCCGACAAGUGGACGCCCACCAGAGGCGAUACGACGAUGAUAGUGAGCGUGUGCGCGGGCCUGCUGUUGGGCGCGUGGGUGAACUUCCAGUGCGGGCACAUGUCCCCCAGCCCCACCCCGGCGCCCUACACCAUCAUCUGGCCGUCCGUGGACAUGCUGGGCUGCGCGCUGCUCCGGACCACGCUCGGCUUGUGCGGCGUGCUCGCCACUCGCGCCGUCGCCAAGAGCUUCUCGUACGCCUUGAUCUGCGCGAUCCUCGGCAAGGACAAGAACGAGUUGAGGAACUCCGCCGACAGUCUCGACAACAAAAACAAGAUCUUCGUGGAGUGCUGCUACAAGUACUUCACGUACGGCCUCAUAGGGUUCAACACCACGUACGUGUUCCCGAACGUGUUCGAGCUGCUGUUCAUCAACAGACCCACCUACUACACCGAGAUCUGACCGGUGGGGGGCGGCGGCUCGGCCUCUAGUGCCUUAACAUAGAACUCUCUGAUGUCCUCGGAGGGGAGUGGACGGUCGUAGACGAGCUCCACCCGCUUCAGAUACUUUUGAGGCUCAAAUUUAGUUAAUAAGUGUAUCCAUUCUGUGGUGUCUCGCCGAUAAGGACCAGUUACGUCAAUUAAUUAAAUACAUAACCAAAAACAUUGUGAUACGUCGAUAUGUCAGCGGUCGGGGGUCAGGGGUCAGCUGUAUGAUGACGAGAAAAAAAAGAUUGGUGUAUUCAACUAGAUCCUGAAGAACGGCCGACUUUAAAGUAUACGAAUAAUUAUACUUUACAGUAUAAUCGUAGUAUUUUUGUUAAAAAAUUAGCUAGAGGUGAAUUUCGAUAGUCGAAAUGUAAAGCCGAUGGUUAAAAAGAACUAAUUUAAGACAGAAAUAUAUACAGCUCUCCAUUCACAAGUCACAGGAUUUGUCACUGUCGAGUGGAGGUAUGAAGGAACAAUUAGAACCUGGCCCAUUAAGUUUGUAAAUAGAUUAACGCUAACUGUAAUGCUAUGUUUGUGGCGAACUCGCGCGACUGAAAAUAUUCCGUUAUUUUUAUAUUUCAUGAUAUAUUCAAAUAAAAUAAAAUAAAAUAUCACCUUACAAAUUCAUUCA